AUGCGAGGAGUUAAACGGUUUGGAGUCCGUGGAAAACUAAGUCCCCGGUAUCUUGGACCGUUCGAAAUAUUGGAACGUGUUGGUGCGGUGGCUUAUAAGUUAGCAUUACCACCGAGGCUUACGGGAGUGCACGAUGUAUUUCAUGUGUCAAAUCUCCGCAAGUAUGUUCACGAUCCCGAGCAUAUUCUCUCGUUUGAACUAUCUGAGAUUCAAGGGGAUAUGACUUAUGAGGAGUUCUCGGCGUACAUCAUCGAUCGAGAAGUGAGGAAACUACGGAACCGUGAGAUUCCGUAUGUUAAAGUCCGUUGGAGUAACCACGAUGAUCGGGAAGCUACUUGGGAGCUUGAGAGCGCAAUGAGAGAGCAUUAUCCCCACCUCUUCGAGAAUCUGGAUUAA